AUGGCUAUGGACGUGCAGCUGGAUGAAGACCCUGUGAUGAAUCGAAAGGCAGAGCUGAAACCUGAGAAGAAGUCAGGGAACAGUCCAAGGAACCAUGCGGACGACAGGCCACAGAAGGAGCUGGUGAUUCCAGGGAUUGUGGAUUUCGAGCUGAUCCCAGAGGUUCUGAAGACCCCCAAACCCCUGACUCCUGGCGCCUACCGCUUUGGCCGCCUCAGCCACCACUCCUUCUUCUCCAGACACCACCCCCAGCCCCAGCAUGUGACACACAUCCAAGAUCUCACCGGGAAGCCCGUCUGUACCGUCAGGGACGACCUCUUUCUCAGUCCCUUACCUCAGUCUGCAUCCUUACCCAGUUAUCCGAUGGGGCUGCCUACCACUUCCUUCCCCAUUGGAGACCCGCAGUCCAACCGGAACCCCUGGCUUUCUUCUGAGGCCUGGAAGAAGGAAUUGAAGGAGCUGGCUUCCCGGGUGGCUGUCUUCACCAAGGAGAGCAAGCUGAAGAACAAAGAGGUAAGUGCGACAAAGCUGGAGCCUUCACGGGAGCAGGGAGCCAAGUACUCUGCUGAGACGGGGAGGCUUAUCCCCUCUUCCACCCAAUCUGUGGGGCGCCGUAGCUCUCGCCAGGGGAGCCACGCUUCCAGCAGGGACAGAAGAGUCCAGGAUGUCAUCUUCCAGGACCAGGAGUUGCUGAUCCUGGAGCUCCUCUGUCAGAUCCUGCAAACAGAUUCGCUGAGCUCUAUUCAGUUCUGGCUGCUCUACGCACCCCCCAAAGAGAAGGACCUUGCUUUGGGGCUCCUGCAGAUAGCCGUGGCUCAGCUCCUUCCCCAGCCACUGACCACCAUGCCGACAAAAAAACUCCUAAACCAGCUGGAAGAAGUCCAAGAACUUCAAGAAAAUCAAGCACCCUGCAGUCAAUCACCGAAGAAGAUGAAGACACCACCACUAGCAGAAAACGAAAAGCCAGAGUACAUCGGGACAGCACAAGUUCUUCGGAUGCAUUCAAGCUAG